AUGAAUCAAUCGGACCACAUAUUCCAACAGCAGCAUCAGAAUCUGCAACAACAGCAGCCAGUGGUUGGAGUUGUACCAGGCAGUGGCCAGAUGACAUAUAAUCCUUACCAAGCAGUGGCUACUGGCACUCCUGCCGUAGCUAUUUCCUCCCCGAGUGCUUAUCCGGCUUCCCAACUUGCUUACCACCAUCAACCCCAGCAAUUCAAUAGUCAACAGCAGCAACAGAGUCAACAGCAGCUUCAAGCUUUCUGGGCAAGUCAAAUGCAAGAAGUUGAGCACACGACUGAUUUCAAGAACCAAAGUCUCCCACUUGCUCGAAUCAAGAAAAUAAUGAAAGCUGAUGAAGAUGUUAGAAUGAUUUCUGCUGAAGCUCCGGUUGUUUUUGCAAAGGCGUGUGAGAUGUUCAUCUUGGAGCUAACGCAACGAUCCUGGAUCCAUACAGAAGAGAACAAAAGGAGGACUCUUCAGAAGAACGAUAUUGCUGCUGCCAUUUCGAGAACUGAUGUUUUUGACUUUUUAGUUGAUAUUAUUCCUCGAGACGAGUUAAGAGAGGAGGGGCUUGGUGUCACUAAGGCUACUAUCCCGUCACUGGGAUCUCCUUCAGAUCCAAUUCCGUAUUAUUAUGUUCCUCAGCAUUCAGUGGGACCAGCUGGGAUGACCAUGGGAAAACCGGCAGAUCAAGCCACACUCUUUACUGGUCAACAUCCUCAACCUCCUCUACCCUAUAUGCCGUGGCCGCCGUCACAGGGUCAGCUGUCUCAGCCUCAAGAGCGACAGAGUGACACAACCAAGGGGUGA